AUGCUUCAGUUAGGAGCAGGCAGUGGAGUGUCGAGGCUUAGAUCUUCGUCGCUUAAGAAGCCACCGGAGCCGUUGCAUCGUGCGGUGGCAGAUUGUCUUUCGUCUUCUUCGUUUGCAGCGGUGGUUGGAGGAGUUAGCUCGCAUCACCAAGGGGGUCCUUUGGUUUUAACUGAAGCUUCAAGGACGCUUCGGUGUUAUCCCCGGGAUGAAACUGAUGAAAGGAACCAUUCCAUUUUUCACAAGAAUUUCAGUCUUGGGGUUCAAUUCAAGGAUUGUUCUGCUACUAUUUACAUAAAUACAAUAGUAGCAAAAAAAGAAGUAGUGAAUGAAGAAAAUAGCGUAUUUGAAGAAUUUGAAAAAACGCGGAAUCCUGGUUUGGCACUUCACUGUGACGUUUUUACUAAUACCACUAAGAUUGAAAUUGUUGGUGUAAAGUAUGAGGUGCUGGACAUCCAUCAUGAAAAUCAAAUUCUAAGGAUUGCGAGGGAGGACUUCAUCAAGAAUGGCUCUUGUCAUCCUCAAAUUCCAAUUCAAGAUUCGAUCUUGAAUUCUGAGCCAUUCGUUCUCGGUUCUGGAAAUACCAAUCUUACUCUGUCUUAUGACUGCCAAUCUUCAUCGAGUUUUGGAAUCUUCCCUUGCAAUUCUUCAAAUUACAACAAUGUUUCCAUAACUACAGAUAACAUUCGUCCAGAUGGAUGUUCAGCUAAUGUUAGAGUCCCGAUUCUUCAAUCUUCCUGGGAAAGACUUCGAAAUGAUUCCCUGGAUUUGGAAGAAGCAUUGGAAACAGGAUUUGAGGUGCAAUGGAAGGAAGAUACGGAAGCCUGCCGGAAGUGCAAUGCUUCUGGUGGAGCCUGCGGUUUUGACAAGUCCAACAAUCAAACAUUCUGCUACUGCCCAUCAGGAUUUGAGAGUUCCCCGGAUUCCAACGAAUGCCAUCGAGCCCUUCUCCCACCAUCCCCAACAAAUACUGGAAGCAAUAAUACCAGAGGUGGGUCCAAAUCCAAGUUGAAGCUGACUCCAAUAAUCAUAGGUAUGAAAAGUUGCAUUUGA